GCUUUCCUGAGCACUCUGUUGGAGCAUGGCUGGUGAUGGAGCUUGGGUUUGGGAUUUGGGAUUGAAUCCUGGAGUGCUGGAAUUUCCUGAGCUCUCUGUGGGAGCGUGGCUGGUGACAGAGCUUGGUGUUGGGGAUCAAAUCCUGGGGUGUGGGAUCACAGCUGGUGACAGAGCUCCCGGUCACCGACUUGGGGUUGGGGUUGGGAUCGAAUCCCGGCGUAUAGAAGCUUCCUGAGCUCCCUGUCAGAGCGCACCUGGUGACAGCUUGGGGUUGAGAUUUGAGUCCUGGGGUGCUGGAGCUUCCCAAGUGCAUUGCGGGGUCACGGCUGGUGACAGAGCUCCCAGCCACCUGCUCAGGGUUGGGACUGGGAUUGAAUCCCGAGGCAUGGGAUCCUCCUGAGCUCUCUGUCGGAGCACACCUGGUGACAGAGCUGCCGGGCUGAGUUUGGGGUGCUGCAGCUUCCCGGGCUCGCUGCCGGAGCUCCUCUCGCCCUUUUAUGAGCGGGUGUCCCGGCGGGGCCGGCGCCGGGAGCCUGAUUGGCUCCGCAUCACCGCGCCGCUUCCAGGUGGCGUUUCCUCCUCCCGCGGCCAGGUAGAGCCUUCCCGCGGCCAGGUAGAGCCUUCCCGACCCGCCACCGGCCUCCCACCCGCGCAGCUCGCUCCGGCUCGCCUCAGGGGGUUUACUUCCCUUCCCCUCCCUAGUUUCUCCCCCUUUUUCCCUGUUUCCCGGGCCGGGCCCGUCCCCGUGCGGGGCGCGGGGGGAUGAGCAGCGGGCUGGUGGACGCCGCGGUGUUGGCACCGCUCAAACCCGUCAGCAUGUCCGGGGACCCCAGCGAGGACACCCCGGUCUUCGAGGACAUCAAAGCCCCCUCCCGGCCCCUGGAGACCCCUCCCGACCUGGCGCAGGCACGCUCGGAGAUGGACAAGUACCUGUCCAGCGAGGUGCCGCCCAUGCCGAUGCUCCCGGACAAGAAGUACCGCCGGGAGAGCGCCUCGGUGGUGGAUGAGUUCUUCUCCACGGAGAAGCCCAGCUCGGCGCCCUACAGCGUGAACAUCAACGUCAUCCUGCCCGACACCACCCACCUGCGCACGGGGCUCUACCGGCCCCCCAAACCCAUGGCCCCCUUCCCGCAGAUCAAAUCCGAGCCCGGCACCGGCUUCUCCCAGCCCUGCUCGUCCUCCUCUGGCCCCACGCAGACCCUGCCCGACUUCACCAGCGUGUUCAGCAUGCCCCAGUCGGUGGCGGUCAACAACAUCUUCAUCAAGCAGGAGAUGCCCGCAGAGAUCCCGCUGUCCGCCCACCCGCAGCCAUCCCAGCUCUUCCAGCUGCCCCUGGGCGCUGCCAGCGCCGACAUUCCCACCCUGGCGUCCUCCUCCAGCAGCACCACGGCCAUCAGCUGCCUCAGCGGGGUCACCAUGUCCACGGGCUCCGUGGCCAGCAUGGCACACAGACCUGUGCAGCCAGCAGGGCCCCUCAAGCAGUACCCACACGUGGCCCAGGGACAGGGGAGCUUUGGGAACAUCUCUGGGCAGUUCUACCCCGCCCCGGGGGUGACUCUGCCCCCCUCGCCCCCCAACUCACAGCCUGGCAGCCCCGAGAACCAGCCCGAGCUCAUCAACACCAUCUCUCCCCCGCCGUCCUACGAAGCCACUUUUGGACUGAAGCUGGUCCAGUCAGCGCAGAUGCCCCCGGGGCCCAACGGCGUCGGGGGCCUCUCGCAGGGGCACGUUGUGAUGCAGCCCCCCAAGUACAACCGGCGCAACAACCCCGAGCUGGAGAAGAGGAGGAUCCACCACUGUGACUACCCAGGUGUGCUCACGGGGGCCUUUGGGGGUCUCUUGGCACUCUGAGGAUGGGUAGGAGCCUCCAGGGAGGAUAAUCUGAGAUCCUUUUGGGGUGAAGCUGUGGAUGGAGCCCCAGGGAAGUGGGAGGGAGUAGAAGAGGUUGAUCCCACCAGCAGGGUGUGGUUCCUGUUUUGUCCCCUUCCUUCUCCCUUUACACUCUGGCAAAAGCGACUCAGCAAAGCUCCUAAGGCAGGGAUGCUCCUGGGAAUCUGCUCCUGGGAAUCUGCACUUGGGAAUCUGCUCCUGGGAAUCUGCUCCUGGGGAUCUGCUCCUGAGCUGUUGCUUCUCUCUGGUCCUUCCCAACCCCGAGCAGCCACUGAAGCCACUCUGCCAUUCCCAUUCCCCCUUCCUUUCCCUGUCUCUCACAGUGGGUGGAAAACCAGCAAGGAAUUUCCACCAGGAGCCCUGCUGGACUCUCUCUGAGAGUUCUGAUCUUCCAAAGAGGCAAUGAACUGAACAUCCCUCCCCCAUCCUUCCGUGGCUCCGUGUGCUGCAGCAGGAGCUGUGCAAGGGCAUUCAUGGAGUGCUUUGGGUUGGAAGAGAUGUUUAAAGGCCGUGUCAUCCCACCUCCUGCCAUGGAUAGGGACACCUUCCUGUCCCAGUUUGCUCCAAGCCCUCAAGCAGGGGAUCAGCCCAGAGCAGCUGUGGCUGCCCCUGGAUCCCUGGAAGUGUCCCAGGCCAGGCUGGACAGGGCUUGGAACAGCCUGGGAUAGUGGGAGGUGUCCCUGCCCUUGGCAGGGGAUGGAACUUGGGUGAGCUUUCCUUCCAACCCAAACCAGGCUGGGAUUCCAUGGCACACACCAGGGAAGCAAAUCCCAUUGAGAGACUGCAGUGAGAGCCAUUCCCGGGGCCAGGACACACCUCCCACUUCCCGGGCUGAUCCCCAGGGCUGAGCAGCUGUGGGUUAGCAAACAGCUUUCCCGUGGGGGUGUGUGAAUGAGGAAAGUAACUUCCUAACUGCCUCAGGGAGAUUUACUGACCCUUUCCCUGGCAUGGGAGUGGCUGGAGGCCAGCCCAGAGGCUCUGCCUGCUCCAGAUCCUGUCGCCAGCCUUGAUGCCAGGAGCUGCAUACGAACAGGAGAGGUUGAGAGAGAUCUCUGUGCUCCCACCUUCCCACUCUCUGGCACCCUGUGGAUCAGGGACUUUCUGAGCCACAAGCUGCCAGUGGUUGAUGGCUUGUGCUGAAUUUUUUAUCUUCUGCUGGUCAUGGUGAGGACAUGAAAACUGGAAUUA